AUGUCGUCGUCGAGACUAUCCUUCCUCCAUCAGGCUGCCUAUCUCCUCAUGGAGCGCGGAGGAGGACGCCGAUCUCCGUCAGACCUGGGGGUCGUUUGUGCUUGCCCGCGCGACCUCCCUCUCGGCUGCGAUGGGAAACGGUCAGGAUGGGAAGUAUAUCAUCCGAACUUCCUCGCCCGACAGCUCGGCUACCUUCAGGGCUGCCCUAUCCCCCUUCUCUUCUCCCGAACGGUCCUAAGCCGUGGACGCGAACCUCGUUCCUCUGAGAAGGAAUGUAGAAUCGCCGUGAAGGAGUUCCAAGAGCGCUGCCAAAAAUUCCGCCUUCGACCAGCCACCCCGGAAACCCAAUGCACCGACACCUUUGGUGAGUGGUGGGAGCAAUACACCCAGGAAUUCUUUGGUGCGCCGGUCGAAGACGUAGUCGGCCUUUUGAGAAAGACGGAGGCAGUUGCCGCUGCCACGACCGGGAAAAAAUCGGUCGUGGCCCAAAAGGACAAACCCGCUGGUAGGGCCGUGCUGAUCAAACGGCCUCGCCAAGAGGCCGAGCCGGCUGUCGAGCCUUCCCCGCCAGCCAAGCGGGUCAAACAAAUGGCGAAGAAGGGUGCCCGGGAGAUCCACGUUAUCUCCAGUCACACGACGACUCCCAGUGCUUCUUCUCCCGCCGCCGGCCAUUCUGGGGUCGAGACACAGCCGGCCUCGGCCGCAGAGACGGCCCCAGCGCGGCCUGCCUCUGUGGCCGGCGCAUCAGUUGUACCUCCCUCUGCCGAGAAGGCACCUGUCUCUCAACAGGCGGUUUCACGACCGAGGGAACUUCUCCCAAGAAUCCAAAGCCCUCGGUCCUUGUGUUGGACGAAAGCGAGGGGAGCGACGAGGUCCCGCUGGCGCACCGUCCUCAUACUCGUCGACAACCUCUCUCCAAUACCCGAGAUGGCGGUUCAAACCGGCCCCUCCCCGGUUAAUCGUGGCAAGCGCACGGUCGAGGAACCGAUCCCGGUGGCCGAACCUCUCGUUCCUUCUCAGGACCAGGGCGUCCCUGCCUCCUCUGAAGCAGCUGCGCCAGUCGGCCCAUCGGCAGCCGACCGGGGCAAACGGCUGCUCGAGGAACCCGAGGCUACGGCGGAAUCGCCGGUCCAUCCCCAAGACCAAGGCUUCCAUAUUCCUCCACAGGAGGUUACCUCGGCCUUUGUAAGUACCUUCACUCGUCUCCUCCUGAUUACUUUUCCGCUUUAG